CACUCACCAUCACUUGGUCCUUGUCAGUUGGCCCUUGCCGGCACCGUCCAAGCCCCAGGCUGGCCACUUCCGAAGCCCCCGACGCCAUGGAGGAGUGGGAUGUGCCCCAAAUGAAGAAAGAGGUGGAGAGUCUCAAGUACCAGCUGGCCUUCAAGAGGGAGAUGUCAUCCAAGACCAUCCCUGAGCUCCUCAAGUGGAUCGAGGACGGGAUCCCCAAGGACCCGUUCCUGAACCCCGACCUCAUGAAGAACAACCCAUGGGUGGAAAAGGGCAAGUGUGCCAUCCUGUGAGGCCCCCGCCCCGCCCCCAGGCUCUUGCUCGUGUAGGGAGGACAACUCUAUAAAGGUGUGACUUUUAUAAGGACUUUC